GAACCCUAUUACACACACUCUCUCUCUCUCUCUCUCUCCUCCACAUCAUCGUCAUCCCAAACCCCAUUACACCGAAGACUGUUCUGUGCACACUCCAACAAGUAGAAGAUGUCAAAAAGCGUGUUUGAAUGAAGUUCGUUUAGAAUUUUAGUGUGUUUAAAGAAAGGCUAGUUUUGCACAUUUUCUUACUCAGUGUCAGUGCUAUUAUUCGAGAGAUGCUGAAGAUGAUGAUGCGGAAUAUAGCUGCUUCUUCUUCUUCUUAUUGCACCAGCAGGAGAUGGAGAGGUAUGCCUUGUCUUCACUCUAACUCCACUGUUGUUGUUUUCGCCAACGGUUACUUUGCUUUCCUUCACUCUCAACCUUCUAAACCAAUCAAAUCUACAAGAACCCAACUAGAGCAACCUUCUAAACCAAUCAAAUCUACAAGAACCCAACUAGAACAGCCAGUGAGAAACUCCCCCAAAAUCACAACUGUUGAGGAUGCUUUCAAUGUGUUUGAUAGAAUGCUUCAAAUGCGUCCUCCGCCUUCAGUUGUUCGUUUCAAUCAAAUAUUGGGUCAAGUUUCGAAAUUGAAACAUUAUUCGGCCGUCAUCUCAUUGUAUAACCAAAUGGAUGUGUCGGGAAUUGGACCUGAUGUUUAUACCCUAACCAUUCUCAUAAAUUGUUAUUGUCAUCUAAACCAAAUGGGGUUUAGUUUAUCUGUAUUGGGAAAAUUCUUCAAACUUGGUCUUGAACCAAAUGUCUUUACCUUCAACACUCUGAUCAACGGCUUUCUUCUGGAGAAUAGAGUAGCAGAGGCGGCAGCUCUUUUCCAGAAAAUGAUGGGGGCAGGUAAUUGUCAGCCGGAUGUGGUUACUUUCAACACAUUAGUAAAGGGCUUUUGCAUGAGGGGUAACAACCAUGCAGCUAUUCAAUUGCUUAGGAAGAUGGAGGAAGGGGUUUGCAAGCCCGGCCUAGUUGUCUAUAACACAAUCAUUGACAGUCUUUGUAAGGAUACACUAGUUGAUGAUGCAUUGAACCUCUUCUCAGAAAUGAUGAGCAAGGGUAUUGCCCCAGAUGUCAUUACCUAUACAUCCUUGAUUCAUGGAGUUUGCAAAUUAGGCGAGUGGAAAGAAGCUACAAGGUUGUUGAAUGAAAUGGUGAGUAAAAAUAUCUUUCCAAAUGUGUUAACGUUCAGCGUCUUGGUAGACACACUUUGUAAGGAGGGGAUGGUUGUGGAAGCAGAAGGCGUGGUUGAGAUGAUGAUUCAGAGAGAUAUUGAUCCUAAUUCGGUUACGUACAAUUCACUUAUGGAUGGUUACUGCUUGCGAGGAGAAAUAGGCAAGGCACAAAAUGUUUUUGAACUAAAGCUUAGCAAGGGCUCGAUGGUUGAUGUUGUUUGUUACAACACAUUGAUAAAUGGAUAUUGUAAGCAUAAAAAGAUUGAUGAGGCCAUGAUGCUUUUUCUGGAUAUGUCUCAUAAGGGACUAGUUGCAAAUACCGUUACCUAUAACACUCUUCUGGAUGGUUUUGGCAAAGCAGGUAGAAUACAGGAUGCACAAAAGUUGUUCUCUGAGAUGCAAGCUUGUGGCCAACUUCCAGAUGCUCAAACUUAUUCUAUUUUACUGGAUGGCCUGUGUAAAAACCGACAACUUUCUAGGGCAAUGCAAUUGUUUGGAGAGAUGGAAGCGAAGAAGUUGGAUAUUAAUAUUGUGAUUUACAAUAUUCUUAUUGAAGGUUUGUGUAUAGCUGGAAAAAUUGAAUCUGCAAGGGAUCUCUUUUGUGGUUUAUCAUCAAAAGGACUUGAACCGAAUGUGAGGACAUACACUAUAAUGAUUAAUGGACUCUGUAUCACGGGCCUUACAAGUGAAGCAGAAAAGUUUCUUAUCCAAAUGGAAGAGAAAGGCUGUUCUCCUCAUGGUUGCACCUAUAACACAAUUAUCCGAGGGUUCAUCCAUAAUAAACAAGCAUCAAGGGCGAUGGUACUUAUUCAAACAAUGGUAGAGAAGGGUUUUUCUGCAGAUGCAUCAACAAUGGAGUUGAUAGUUAAUUUACUGUUGAAAGAUGAAGUGGAUCCUGCUUUGUUGCCUUUGAUAAAAAAAUCAUUGUGAAAUUAAUAUGCCUAUUUGGACAAUGAAAUUUGGAACUGCUGCACCUUCAACAACCAUAAAGGUAUUACAGUGAUUGUGCGUAUGGCAGGCCGCAGGAGGUGAAAAUGCCUUCUCACUUGCAUCCUUAAUUUCUGGUAUUAGUUCUGUUUAAUGGGAUAUCUCUUUUGAACUUUUCCCUUAAUCUAUGAUGAUUUAUUUACUUUGUAUUCCUAUCA